AUGGCCAAUUUCUUCGAUUUAAAGGCUCGCAAAGCCGCCGCUGCUGCCACUGCCUCAGGNGAGUCCGUCGCCAGUCCUCUACUCCAUCCUCAGCAGCUAACUUGCUACCAGNNCCGUCCCAAGUCGCUUGAUGAUGUCUCGUCGCAAGAACACACCGUGGAUGUGCUUCGCCGCACCCUCCAAUCCGCCAAUCUCCCUCACAUGCUCUUCUACGGCCCUCCUGGUACAGGCAAGACCUCGACUGUCCUCGCUCUCGCCAAACAACUCUAUGGCCCCGAGCUCAUCAAGACCCGUGUUCUUGAGCUCAACGCUUCAGAUGAACGCGGUAUCAGCAUUGUCCGAGAGAAGGUCAAGGACUUCGCCCGCAUGCAACUUUCGAAUCCUCCUUCUGGUCCCGCUGGCGAAGAGUACCGCAAGAAGUACCCCUGCCCUCCUUACAAGAUCAUCAUCCUCGACGAAGCCGACUCGAUGACCCAAGAUGCUCAGUCCGCUCUGCGCCGCACAAUGGAAACCUACAGCAAGAUCACUCGCUUCUGCCUCAUCUGCAACUACGUCACUCGCAUCAUCGAUCCUCUAGCCAGUAGAUGCAGCAAGUUCAGAUUCAAGAGCCUGGACGGUGGAAAUGCUCGUAAGAGAUUGGAAAACAUUGCUGCCAUGGAGAAGGUCAAGCUCGACGAUGGCGUAGUCGAUACUUUGAUCCGUUGCGCUGAGGGCGAUCUGCGAAAAGCCAUCACCUUCCUACAGUCGGCUGCUCGUCUCGCUGGUGCAGAGCAAUCAAGACCGGAUGAAGAUGCCAUGGACGUUGACGAUCUAGCCACGGCUCGUUCGGUCUCUGUGCGUAGUGUCGAAGAGAUUGCUGGUGUCGUCCCUGACCGUACUGUCGGCCGCCUCAUACAGGCCUUGCAGCCCAACACACGAGCUUCGGUUUAUGAUGCUGUUUCCCGUGUAGUUCAGGACUUGGUUGCCGAAGGCUGGAGCGCCACUCAGCUAGUGUCACAGCUGUACGAACAAAUACUCAUGGACGACUCGAUCGACAACCCAAAGAAGAAUCGCAUCGUCAUGUCCUUUUCACAGACUGAUAAGAGACUGAUUGACGGAAGUGACGAGCACCUCACUAUCCUCGACCUGAGUCUGCAGAUCGCUAGUGCUCUUGCUGGAAGUUGA